AUGUUGCCUGAGGAACUUGCUCUUGACCUCUACAUCACACCCUGUGAACUUCAAGAGACACCACAGCACAUCAGUGGAGAUGUUGCUACCUUAGUACAGGCUUUUUCUGCAGAAUUUGUGCUACCUCAUCUUCAACGCUUUUCCAAGUGUUGUGCUAUCAAAGACAUCAAACCACCUAAGCACUUUCCUGCUGCACAUAUCAAUGCUCACAGUCCACAGUACCUUCCUGCACCCAUGGAUGCUGCUGGAGCCCAUAUUCAGUGCUUUGCACAAUCACUGCAAGCUUUUUCCAAUGACUUCAAAGUUCAAGCUCGGUCAAAGACUCCAACCAACAUCCCAUCUGUGGCCAUUCGUCAGGGAGUGGAAUUGGCUAUCAGCACUGCGAAAAAACCAACAGCACAUUCCCAGCGGAUUUGUCAACAUCGACUCACAGAUGUAUUUGUCUCUGGAGACAAAAACGCAGGCCUGCUUUUUUUGGGCCAGGAACUUAGCCAUGACAAGCCAAGGUUUGGCCCUGCACUUAUUAGCAUUGGAGUAAAUACCGAUGUGGCGCUUGAUUGGCUCGGUUUGAAGGAUGAAAUUUUGCUUGAAUUGCAAAUCUUGAUUGGAACUACCCACAGCAGCCGAUGGGAGGUAGUGUUUAGGUUGCCAAAGUGGAACCUUACUUACGAACAGGCUGCUAUCCUGUCGAAGGCUCUGCUCACUGACCUUCAAGUCCAACCCGAGGUUGUCAAGGUUGGUGUUUUUUGA